ACUCACUCCCAUCUCCAUAUCUCUCACGCCUUUAUCAUAGACGAUGAGCACAUCAAACUCAAAUUUCCUAGAUAAAGCCAUAGAUUUGGUCUCUAAUGCUAUAGAGGAGGAUGUAAAAACAAACUACGCUGAAGCACUGAGAUUAUACCUCAACGCGUUAGAUUACUUUAUGAUGGCUCUCAAAUACGAAAAGAACCCAUCAUUGAAGACGAUGAUACGAGGUAAAUUAGUCGACUACAUCACGAGAGCAGAAAAGCUUAAACAACAUAUUGCAAAAAGCGACGAGAACAAGAAACAGCCACUUGGUAGCACUAAUUCUGGUGGUACUAACCCUGGACAGCCUGGUAAAGAAUCCGAGAACGAUGACGCGGAGACUAAGAAGCUGCGGGCGGGUUUAUCCAACUCAAUUUUGCAAGAAACACCAAAUGUAAGCUGGGAUGACGUUGCCGGUCUUGAAGUCGCAAAAGAAGCUCUCAAAGAGGCUGUCAUCUUGCCUAUUAAGUUCCCACAUUUAUUCACAGGCAAUCGUAAACCAUGGCGUGGUAUCCUCCUAUACGGUCCACCAGGUACCGGUAAAUCAUAUCUCGCGAAAGCAGUCGCAACAGAAUCAAAGUCCACGUUCUUUAGUGUUUCUUCUUCUGAUUUAGUCAGUAAAUGGAUGGGUGAAUCUGAAAGAUUAGUCAAAAAUCUCUUUGCUAUGGCAAGAGAAAACAAACCAUCAAUUAUCUUUAUUGAUGAAGUCGACAGUUUAGCUGGUACGAGAGGUGAUGGUGAAUCAGAAGCAAGCAGAAGAAUAAAGACUGAAUUUCUCGUUCAAAUGAACGGUGUUGGAAAUGAUGAUAACGGAGUCCUAGUACUCGGUGCAACUAAUAUACCUUGGUCAUUAGAUGUUGCAAUCAAGAGAAGAUUUGAAAAAAGAAUAUACAUACCCCUGCCUGAACCAGAAGCCAGAAAAGAAAUGUUUAGACUGAAUGUUGGCGAAACACCAUGCAGGUUGACACAAAAAGAUUACAGAUUAUUAGCUGAAAAAACUGAUGGUUACUCUGGUUCUGAUAUCGCGAUCGUUGUAAGAGAUGCGCUCAUGCAACCUGUUCGCAAGGUCCUCUCCGCUACGCACUUCAAAGAAAUUUAUGUAGAUGGUGAAGAUGGCACAUCUAAUAGAAAGCUCACGCCUUGUUCACCAGGUGAUCCUCAAGCAUUUGAGGGUAGCUGGUCAGGUAUUGACUCAAAUGAGUUACUCGAACCUGAUUUAGCACUUAAUGAUUUUAUCAAAGCCAUCAAUAGCACACGACCGACCGUUACGGAUGAGGAUAUUCGCAGACAUAUGGAAUUCACAAACGAAAGUGGAGAACAGUAAUAUUGCGAUUAUACUCGAAAUUAAUGAUGUUAUUUAACGUUAAGCAUAAAAUUUUUGAUUCUUUUGUACAAUCUUGAUUUUUUGCUAAUGUUGAUGUAUGUUUCCGUCUUAUGAACACA